AUUCGGAGAUUCUAGCAUGGGUGCACGACGACAAGCCCCAUUAAAAAGUAUUGACUAAACGAAAUGCCACUCCCAGACUCAUGGUGGCUCUCAACGUGAGGGGAAAUUUGGUCGUGGCGCGACCACUCGAAUCAGCGCAUGGGCCUCGGGUCUUAGUGUUGGGCCUGGCCGCGCCACACUACCAACGUCCACCCUUCAUUUGCUCGACCAGAGAUAUUUCCUAUCACCCGAAAAAUACUUGACUAAUUAAAUAAUGGAUAAGAGCGGCUAACCUGCCCUCAACAAUCAAGGAUCGGACAUGCAUUAGAUAUCGAAAGUGCCAUUUCCUCUCUCUGUUUCUUUCUUUGCUUUACAUUAUUAUCGGGCCCCAGCUCAGCUGCGCUUAUCAUGAACCCCUUAACGUUGUUGAAAACAUCGACCUUCUCGAGAGCAAAGUCCGGAUGCUCGGUAUGCAGGCUCCGCAAGAAAAAGUGUGAUGAACGCAAACCAAGAUGUGGAGGUUGCGAACGGAACUACCUACUCUGUACAUGGCCAUCUGUCAUGUCAGCUAAGGGCGAUCUCCGGCGGAGUAGCAAACCCCCUGGAACCCAUUUGAAAGUGGAGCUGCUCCCCGCAGCGAAGGCCUUAGAAGUUCUCGACCACUGCAGCCACAAUCUUCAACGGAAGACGGACACUGGAGACAACGCCGCACAGCAAUUAUUUAGGAGUUCCAAGAGCACUCCUGAGCGAGCUUCAUCAUCAACAAGCCCAAAUCUUCUAAAACCAAGCGAGGUGUUCCAAGUCACAAUGACUCGACCGGCCUCCCGAACCCUACUUCAGCACUAUCAAAGUCGAACCGCGGAUUUGCUUUGCGCCUCUCAAAGUCGUGAAAACCCCUUCAUUUCACUCUUAAUUCCAUUUGCAGCAACGCAUGAGCUCCUCCUUCAAUGUAUCCUAGCUCUUAGUGGUGUUCACUUCAUCAAUAAUUCCAAUGGCGCUCCCUCCUCUGAUAUUAUGGCUGCCACUUGGACACACUAUGGACUAGCUGUCAGAGGACUCAAACAUGGGAUUACGAGAUUUGCAUAUGGAGAGCAAGAAAUUUUGCCACUGCUUAUGGCCACUUUAGUGCUUUGUUUUGUAGAGUCGACUAGAGGAAACGUAAUCAGCAUCGCCCAACACCUCAAAGCUGCUCGAACUUUUCUACUCUCUUGGCUUCAACAGCGUCAACCCAAGAUUGAAGUAGAACUACGAGGCUUCGUCAUUGAAUUCUAUCUAUACAUCGCUAUAUUGAGCAAUACUCAGCUAGGACCUGAGUGGAAUGAAUUAAUAAUCGAAGACUGUUCUUUGCUAUAUGGUGAUGGUACUACAGACUGUAAGAGCUGGGGAAUGUUCUUUGGUUACGCCAACGACCUAUUUGGUAUUCUUCCGGCAGUCUCAGCUUUUGCUCACCAGAGCAGUAGAGAAGAGGAGGACUCUACGAACAAAUCCUUUGAAUUCAUCGUGAACUAUUACUCGUUGCUUGCACAGGUGAAUAGUUGGCAUCCCCCUGAAGCUGGAGAUCUGGCAUUUGUCGCUUGUGGCAGGAUAUAUCAACAGGCUCUCCUUCUCCUUUUGCAUACAUCGUUCUAUAGAGACGAACUUGGGUCUAUGACCUUGAACAACUUACUUGAGCAGGGUGUGCGGGAAUUCCUGGCGCUCUUAGAGAGUUUGCCUGUGGAAUCACCAAUUGCAACUACACUCUGCUGGCCACUUUCGAUUGCUGGCUCCUGCGCUCGCUCCGAAUUACAUCGCAAUAGUAUACGAAAACAUCUUAAGAUGAUGUAUAAGAGAUUCAACAUGGAGAAUAUCACGGCUGUUCUGCGGGUGCUCGAGGCUUUGUGGGACGGUGAUCACUACAAGCCACUCUACAUCACAACAGUAAUGCGACAGCAGAAUGAGCACUUCAUUAUUCAGUAGUACGCCAGUUUAGGCAAUGGACAAACGGUAAGAAUAUUUACAAGUGUGGAAUGACAGGACUAUAUUAACACUUAAUGCAUGCUUUAUUGUCUAGUCUGAUAUUUGAAGUAUUGUGUAUUUAUUGUCUAGAGCUUUCUAUCAAGUACUAUAGGAUGGAAACCCCCGUGGCUGCAAGUGGCUGUUAGUGGCUGUUAGUGGCUGUUAGUGGCUGCCUAGCCACUCAGAUCUUUCUAGCCUCACUGGAACCACGCACCACACGUCGGACCUUCCCUCCCGUAGCAUCAGGGCAAGUUCCCUGCUUGGAGAACUCGGCAGCCCCACAGAAGUUAAGGCCACUAGAGUAGUUCAUGUACCCAUAAUCGGUGUGCUCAUAAGGUCUCAUUCUCGAAGUCCCAGCAAUGAAGUUGCCGCAGUUGUAGGAGAUAUCGACGGCGUUGUUGCUGACGAGGUUCGAUGGAACGGUGAUGGAUGACACGGCUGAAAAGUUGCAAAUGAAUGAAACCGCGGAGUUCUGGAUAGCGUACCGCGCAGCGCCGGCACCGAGCUGCGGCGAAGAGGAGGCGUAGUCGGCGAUGCGCUGGUUGGCGAUGUUGGUGUCCCCGGCGUUCAUGGGGAAUGCGCAGCCACACCAGGUUUGUCUGGAGUUGCCGACGGCACCCCGCUUAGUGUGGUCCAGUGUAACAUAGGUGGAUUCAAAGUCGGUUUUAACGAGUCUGUGAACUUCUUCGCCAACUUCGUUGUAGGAGACUUCGUAAAGUCCGUUGGCAAGAUCGCCUGGGAGGGUGAAGGCAGAGCCAAGGGCAGCGAGGCCGCUGAGGACGAGGAGAGUCUUUGCGUGCAUUUCGGGAAGGGAUGGUUCUUGGUUGAAGAAGCAAACGAGUAAGUUUAGAGGUAGAGUCUAUGAGAACAAAGGCCGAAGGCGCUAAACUGAGUUUUGAGUGCUUGGAAGACGAGAGAGAUCUGUGAAGCUACAGAUCAAAAGUCAUAAAACAGAGGAGCAGCAAAUGAUUUAUAUAGUUGAGAAGACUGCUCUAUUUAUCACCGACCCUUCCUUACAAAUGAUACCAAUUGUGAAGC